AUGGCGGUCGCACGGGCAGUUGCGUCGGCGAGGUGGGACUGCAGCGUUGGCAGCGGUGGAAGCGCGCUCAGCUCCGCUUGCGUGUCCGAGAGGCGUGUGGAUAUUUGCGUUAGGAGGGUUUUUGCGUGUGCGGCUUUGGCGCAGGUGGACUUUGAGAGGGGCGGGAGGAGGGUUCGGGGGUGGGUUGCUAGGUAUGAGGUUGUCUUCGGGAGCUGGUCGGCCCUGUUUUGUAGGUUUGUUAGUGGUGCUAGCCAGAGUGUGGGGGGGGGGGGGCAACGGACAUUUCUGUUGUCAAUUCAACACCUCCGCUGUCAUCAUCGGAGCCUUCAGAGGCAGUAGCAGCAUUACCGACCACGUUUAAACGCUGAACAAGUUUGUGGAUGACGUCCAUAGCUUUGGUAGUCCCGGAAGCGCGGGUUCGGGAGGUUAAGGUGUUGCUAGAGGCGGGGGGAUUUUUAGCGGGGAAGAUCAGGAGGGUUGGUGGGAGUGACGGUGGGGGUCGUUGUAUUCCGACGUCGUUGGUUGGUUGUUGCCCCACUUCCACAUCCACCACCGCUUCAACGUCAGACAAUGGUGACGAUGGAGAUGAAAAUGACGAUGUGGAUGGCGAUGAAGACGCCAAUUUUGGCGACGAGGAGAAGGAGCGGAUAUUCCAAAGAUUAGGAAUUCAAGACAGGCACGGAAUCACCAUCAUUACCCUCAACACUCCCGGCAUAGGCACACACAACGGCAGAAAGACAAACCCGUCCGAAAACCCUCUCCAAACCACAAUAACCACCUUCCUUACCGCCAACCCCCCAGAAGACCCCACAAUCCUGCCAACCCUCCUCUCCGCGCUCCCAAAACGCUAUACCUACACCCCUCCCCUACUCCUCCUGCCAUCAGCCACCUUCUCCACUCCCACCUGGCAAUCCUAUCUUGGUUCCCUCCCCCACGAGCUCCGGCAGAAACUCUACUCCAAUCUCAUCGCCGCUGUCUGCGAAAACGCGACCCACCUCGCGCUCCUCCGUCCCAUACCCACGCAGGACAACACAAUACGAGCUCCAAAGCUAACCCCCCUCUAUGGCAAUUUCCCACCCCUCCUGCCGCCGCAGCAACUGCCCACGCGCAGUGAGUUGGACGAGGCACUGUGGACGAGCGCACGACAGUCUGGGAUCGUCCAGAUCUGGGCGCCGGGGUACACCAUGUUUUCGCGGGGGAACAUUAAAGAGAAAGCUCGUAUCCUACGUUUUCCCCCUCCCGCGGCGGGGGCGGAGACGAAGUGGGUGGUGGAUAUGUACGCCGGCAUCGGGUACUUUACCUUCUCCUACGCAAAGCUUGGAUACCGAGUCCUCGCCUGGGAGAUUAACCACUGGAGCGUGGAGGGGUUGCUGAGGGGUGCUGGGGAGAAUGGGGUCCCAGCUAGGGUCAUUUUGCCACACCAGGAUGUGCGGGUCGCGGCGGAGCGGGAGCAGGAGGGGGUGGUGGUAUUUUUUGAGGACAACAAGAACGCGCCGGCCAGGAUCGCGGGAAUGGGGGAGGGGCUCAGGGGGGGUAUCGAGAGGGUUAAUCUUGGCUUGCUGCCUACCAGUCGGGGUUCCUGGCGGGAAGCUGUUCGGGCGUUGGCGGAGCAGGGUGGGUGGGUGCACGUUCACGAGAAUGUGGGGAUCGGGGAGAUUGAUGGGAUGGCGGGUCAAGUGGUCAGGGCCUUCGAAGGGUUCGAGAAGGAGAGGGGAGGUGGGAGGAAGAUUGUUUGCGAGCACGUUGAAAGGGUCAAGACGUUUGCUCCCGGUGUCAUGCAUUGCGUUUUCGAUAUUCGCAUCGGCGGGGAGGGAUUGUAG